AUGGCAACGAACGCCAGAAACGGGUUUACUGCGGGCUACGAAGGCAAAGAUGACGGAAGAAAUGGAGCGUCUUCCCGCCCGGACGCCGCGCCGCUUCCCCAUAUCGAUGACAUUCUUGCGAGACCGACCGACAUCGAUGCGAACCAGUCGAUCAAGCGGCUGCUAGAACAGGCAGAAACGGCCUUCAAGCAGUCCGAGAUCAGUCGCGACUUCAACAGGCCAGAUGUCGCGCUCAAAGAGUAUAUCAGGGCGUCGAUCAUUGCCGUCCAGGUCAUCUCGAAACACCAAGAUUACCAUGCCCAGAGAAGCGAUCAUGGUGGCGUUGGGAAGGCCCACGCCACUCUCCUGAAGAAGAUAUCUCAGCAGAAUGAUGCAUACGAACGGAUCAAACACGAUAUCAUGGAAGACAACAAGAGAACCGGGGUGCUGCCGGUGGUACGGCGCUUCAAAUCAUUACCUGCAGCGUCCAAUGGGCCUGCGGCUCGGCCCGGAGUCCAGCAACCAACCAGCAAUGGGCACGCACAACCGGUGGUUAACGGGUCGUCCAAAAAGACGAAACCACUGGUGCAUCCAAAACCCCAAUCACUACAUGGAAAUGCCAUACAACACGGGAGUGGUCCCGCCGCGUCGGUGAAUGGAGCUGCUGCUGAUCUGGCCGCCCGUUUUGCGAGCCUCAGAGGUCCGCAGGCAUCUCCUGGACAGGACCCUCGUAUCAAAACAUACACGAUCCCAGCUUACAAGGAGACUCCAAAGCUUCCAGAAAGUCGGGUUCUCACCAUCGAUAUCGGUGCAGAUCCUUCCGCCUUGCCCAAGAUACCCGAUGCCAUCUACAGCCCAGCCCGCGGUAGCGUGUCUGGGGAGGCGGCGAGGUUGCCGACCAGUACGCCUCGCGGCCUUUUCACCCGUAGGGCCUCUUCGCCUUCUGUUCCCAGCACACCGAGCAUAUCGCAGCACCAGGGCAGCGAAUACUUUCCUCCCGUUCCCGAGGAGGCAGUUGAGCAUAUUACGAUCCCCGAGGGGGACAGCGUGACUGCUGAGCAGCUGUACGAUAUCAUGAAGGGAAAGGGUUCCAUCCUGCUAAUUGACGUUCGACCGCGCGGAGAUUUCGACGACGGCCACAUCAUGUCUUCAUCCAUCAUCUGCGUCGAGCCGAGCAUUCUCCUGCGGGACAACAUCUCCUCGGAUGACAUAUCGGAGAGCAUGGUUCUCUCCCCCCAGCAAGAUCAGCCUCUCUUUGAGAAACGGGACAAGUACGACUUGGUGGUGUUUUAUGACCAGAACUCGGAGCGUAUCAUUCAGUCGCCAAAGAACUCGGACGAAGUCGUCGUGCUGUCGUUGCACCGGGCCCUGGUGCACCUCAACUAUGGUCGAGAGCUCAGGAGGCCACCGGUAAUAUUGAAAGGAGGUUUGGAUGCUUGGAUCGACCUGAUGGGAUCGGGCGCCCUGCAGUCCACGUCGGCCGCAACCUCGACCUCCGUUAGGCCGAACAGGAGGCACGGGGUAAUUCAACGGCGAGGGUCCAAAUACGUCGUGGCGCCAUUGCUUCCCGCCGAUGUCAGGGCUUGGCAGAAUACGCUGGAGAAGGAGGCUCACCAAACUGCCACGCGACCAAUCUUCCCUCGCACGGGCGAAGAGUUCCUGAGGUCGCGGCCAGAACUGACCGAGAAACAAUCCAUGAGGUCUUCUGUCGCUGCUGAAGACCAGCACAUGCACAAAUUUGACUCACAUGCCCAGCUCCCGGCCCCGCCGACGCGUCCUCGGGCCGCUGUACAAAGGCCCAGCCAUAGCGGCCUGUCUCAUGGGGACGAGGAUGACUGGGCGGGAGGUCGUUCCAGAAAGGCGACGGACCAGGUCUCUACGAGCGCUCCUAGGAUGCCCACCGGGCUCAGCAAUCCUCGGAACUGGUGCUACGCAAACAGUGUGCUCCAAUCCCUCCUGGCCUCACCAGAAUUUGGAAGGGAGCUGGCAGAUUCGGAAUGGGUGCAAAAGUACGACGUCCCAAGGAAGGAGGGUGAGACGAUCAACCCACCUCAGCUCAUGAUUCAAAUGUUGUCUAAACUAUUUCACUGGAUGAGCACGGGCAUGUUCGAGACGAUCAAAGCUACGACUCUCAUGGACUACUCAAAGUACCUUUGCAAGGCUAGCGACCCUCAGUCGCAGUUUGGCGGUCUCGAUCAACAAGACGCCCAAGAAUUCAUGUCAUUCCUCAUGGAUCAAGUCCACGACGAGACGAACUCUCGGCGAAAUUUGGCAAAGCCCAGGGUGGCGCAGCCGGAAACGAGAGGACGGGCACUCGUCGAGGCUGCGAUCGAAUACUGGGGGAACUAUUCGGUGUACAAUCAGUCCAUGGUUGACCGUUUCUGGCGCGGCGUCGACCUGUCCACGGUGCGGUGUAUGCAGUGCGACUCGCGCACAUACACAUUCUCACCCUUUGGCUGGAUUCCUGUUCCUGUCGGCAACGGUCGAGAUAUGACACUUGCCGAGGCGCUCGGGCAAUACAUUGCAGGGAACAGGUUGGAUGACUUCGCCUGCGACCACUGCGGUGGAAAGCGAAAGGCGUUGCAGUCGAUGUCGUUGGCCCGAAUGCCGCCCCUCCUGUGUCUCAGCUUCCGCCGCUUCGACUAUUGCGGCGGGGGAUUGACGAAAUCUACGGCGGCCAUUUCGUGGGAUUUCAACGACUUUGACUUUUCCCCGUACUUUGUCGACCGGCUGGACGGAGAAUUUUCCAAGGCGCACGACAAGGCCUUCGGGGGGCCUUUUCGGUACCAGUGCUAUGCCGUCAUAUCCCAUUCGGGAAACAACAUCAACGCAGGCCAUUACAUAGCCCACGUCCGCGACUCGAACUCGCGCGACCCGUAUGCCUGGUUUCGGUGCAACGACACCACCGUCUCCAAGGUGCGCAUCGGGAGCGGCGAGAGUUCGGACAAGCAGAAGGAGGUGUUUCGUGGCGACGCCGGCUUGGUCCCGUACCUCGUCUUCUUCAGGAGGAAGGGAGCAUGA